GGGGGGGGGGGUGGGCGGCGAAGGCUCCCGGCGAGAGGAAACGCCGCCGCCAUGAGCGUGGAGGCGUACGGCCCCAGCUCGCAGACCCUCACCUUCCUGGACACCGAGGAGGCCGAGCUGCUCGGCGCGGACACACAGGGCUCCGAGUUCGAGUUCACCGACUUCACCCUCCCCAGCCAGACCCAGACACCGCCCGGGCCGGGCCAGGCGGGGCCGGCACAGGGCCAGGGGCCGCCGGGAGCGGGGCAGGGAGCUCCGGGCCCGCUGGAAGCGCAGGUGAAUGGUCCUGAUGGGAUCCUGCAGAAUGGAGCUGUGGAUGAGAACGUGGCCAAGACCAGCCAGCUCCUGGCUGAGCUCAACUUCGAGGAGGAUGAGGAGGACACUUACUACACCAAGGAUCUCCCCGUGCACGCCUGCAGUUACUGUGGGAUCCACGACCCUGCCUGUGUGGUUUACUGCAACACCAGCAAGAAAUGGUUCUGCAACGGGCGUGGGAACACCUCUGGCAGCCACAUCGUGAAUCACCUGGUGAGAGCCAAGUGCAAGGAGGUGACUCUGCACAAGGACGGGCCCCUGGGAGAGACCGUCCUGGAGUGCUACAACUGCGGCUGCCGCAACGUUUUCCUGCUGGGCUUCAUCCCAGCCAAGGCUGACUCCGUGGUGGUUCUGCUCUGCAGGCAGCCCUGUGCCAGCCAGAGCAGCCUGAAGGACAUCAACUGGGACAGCUCCCAGUGGCAGCCCCUGAUCCAGGACCGCUGCUUCCUCUCCUGGCUGGUGAAGAUUCCCUCGGAGCAGGAGCAGCUCCGGGCCCGCCAGAUCACAGCCCAGCAGAUCAACAAACUGGAGGAGCUCUGGAAGGAAAAUCCAUCUGCCACCCUGGAGGACUUGGAAAAACCUGGUGUUGAUGAGGAACCCCAGCAUGUCCUGCUUAGAUACGAAGAUGCUUAUCAAUACCAAAAUAUAUUUGGUCCUCUGGUCAAGCUUGAGGCAGAUUAUGACAAGAAACUCAAGGAAUCUCAGACCCAAGAUAACAUCACAGUCAGGUGGGACCUGGGCUUGAACAAGAAGAGAAUUGCUUAUUUCACUUUGCCAAAGACUGAUUCAGAUAUGCGCCUCAUGCAAGGAGAUGAGAUCUGCCUGAGGUACAAGGGAGACCUGGCCCCGCUCUGGAAGGGAAUUGGGCACGUGAUCAAAGUUCCUGAUAGUUCUACAGAUUAUGGUGAUGAGAUAGCCAUCGAGCUGAGGAGCAGCGUGGGAGCUCCAGUGGAGGUCACUCACAACUUCCAGGUGGAUUUUGUGUGGAAAUCCACUUCUUUUGACAGGAUGCAGAGCGCUCUGAAAACGUUUGCAGUGGACGAGACCUCGGUGUCUGGGUACAUUUACCACAAACUGCUGGGCCACGAGGUGGAAGAUGUCAUCAUCAAAUGCCAGCUGCCAAAACGCUUCACAGCCCAGGGGCUCCCUGAUCUCAACCACUCUCAGGUUUAUGCUGUCAAGACCGUCCUGCAGCGUCCUCUGAGCCUUAUCCAGGGUCCCCCUGGCACUGGGAAAACGGUGACAUCGGCCACCAUCGUCUAUCACCUGGCCAGGCAGGGCAAUGGGCCCGUGCUGGUGUGUGCCCCCAGCAACAUCGCCGUGGAUCAGCUGACGGAGAAGAUCCACCAGACCGGCCUCAAGGUGGUUCGUCUGUGCGCCAAGAGCCGCGAGGCCAUCGACUCGCCCGUGUCCUUCCUGGCCCUGCACAACCAGAUCCGCAACAUGGACAGCAUGCCAGAGCUCCAGAAGCUGCAGCAGCUCAAGGAUGAGACUGGAGAGCUUUCCUCGGCUGAUGAGAAGCGUUACCGGGCGCUGAAACGCACGGCAGAGCGGGAGCUGCUCAUGAAUGCUGAUGUGAUCUGCUGCACGUGUGUGGGAGCUGGCGAUCCCCGCCUGGCCAAGAUGCAGUUCCGCUCCAUCCUCAUCGACGAGAGCACGCAGGCCACCGAGCCCGAGUGCAUGGUGCCCGUGGUCCUGGGGGCAAAGCAGCUGAUCCUGGUGGGUGACCACUGCCAGCUGGGGCCCGUGGUGAUGUGCAAGAAGGCGGCCAAGGCGGGGCUGUCGCAGUCGCUGUUCGAGCGGCUGGUGGUGCUGGGCAUCCGGCCCAUCCGCCUGCAGGUGCAGUACCGCAUGCACCCCGCCCUCAGCGCCUUCCCCUCCAACAUCUUCUACGAGGGAUCCCUCCAGAACGGCGUCACUGCAGCUGACAGGGUGAAGAAAGGCUUCGAUUUCCAGUGGCCCCAGCCUGACAAACCCAUGUUCUUCUACGUGACCCAGGGACAGGAGGAGAUUGCCAGCUCAGGCACCUCUUACCUGAACAGGACGGAAGCUGCCAACGUGGAGAAGAUCACCACCAAGCUGCUCAAGGCUGGGGCCAAGCCUGACCAGAUUGGCAUCAUCACCCCCUACGAGGGCCAGCGCUCCUACCUGGUGCAGUACAUGCAGUUCAGCGGCUCCCUGCACACAAAGCUCUACCAGGAAGUGGAAAUUGCGAGUGUGGACGCCUUCCAGGGCAGGGAGAAGGAUUUCAUCAUCCUGUCCUGCGUGAGGGCCAACGAGCACCAGGGCAUCGGCUUCCUCAACGACCCCAGGAGGCUCAACGUGGCCCUGACAAGAGCCAGGUACGGGGUGAUCAUCGUGGGGAACCCCAAAGCCCUGUCCAAGCAGCCCCUCUGGAAUCACCUCCUCAAUUACUACAAGGAGCAGAAGGUGCUGGUGGAGGGGCCCCUCAACAACCUGCGCGAGAGCCUGAUGCAGUUCAGCAAACCCCGCAAGCUGGUCAACACCAUCAACCCCGGUGCCCGUUUCAUGACCACUGCCAUGUAUGAUGCUCGGGAGGCCAUCAUCCCUGGCUCUGUCUACGACCGCAGCAGCCAAGGGCGUCCAUCCAACAUGUACUUCCAGACCCACGACCAGAUCGGGAUGAUCAGCGCCGGCCCCAGCCACGUCACUGCCAUGAACAUUCCCAUCCCCUUCAACCUCGUCAUGCCCCCCAUGCCUCCCCCGGGAUACUUCGGCCAGGCCAACGGCCCCGCUGCAGGCCGCGGGGCUCCCAAAGGAAAGACCGGCCGUGGAGGGCGGCAGAAAAACCGAUUUGGGAUUCCUGGCACGAGCCAGUCCAACCUCCCCAACAGCCAGGCCAGCCAGGACGUGGUGUCCCAGCCCUUCUCCCAGGGCCCCCUGACCCAGGGCUACAUCUCCAUGAGCCAGCCCUCACAGAUGAGUCAGCCUGGGCUCUCCCAACCGGAAUUAUCCCAGGACAGUUACCUUGGUGAUGAGUUUAAAUCCCAGAUUGACGUGGCGCUGUCACAGGACUCAACUUACCAGGGGGAACGAGCAUAUCAACAUGGUGGAGUGACGGGACUGUCACAGUAUUAGAGUGUUGAGGAAGAAGAGCUAAGCUUGCGUGGAGCUUAGUUCAUCAGCAUUUUAUUCUGGGUAAUAAAAAAAAUAAAAUAAAAUGGAUACCUGUUUUCCACUGCUAAAACUGAAGCACCACUGUGUGAGAGCAACAGGAGAAAGAAAAACCAACCAACGGAGAGGAGAGGAGAGGAGAGAGGAGAGAGAGAGAAGGGAGCGCGCGCGAGAGCCACUGCUAGAGCUCAGUGAGACACGGAGACUGACCGAGAGGAGAGAGAGCCCUGAAGGACUGGCUGGCGCCUCGCUGGGACGGACCCCACCCCAACAGGAGAGCUCAGCUGAGUCCCUGCUCCCCCAGUCACCCCAGCUCCGGAGAAGGGCCUUAAAAAAGCAGGUUUCACUUCAUUCCAUACUUCUCUUUGCGAGCAGGGCAUUGCCUUUUCAGAGCGGAUGGGGAGAGGAAAACCCUCAUCUCAGAGUUGGGCUCCUUUUGCCAGGGGUAUUAAAAAAACAAAAAAACCACAAAAAUAUUUUAGCAGGAAGUGUUUACAUUUUAAAAGCAGAGUAUCUGAGAGAGGGAGGGAAAAACAAAACAAAAACAAAAAGAGAGAGAGAAAAGUAAAAGUCCCUGCCUGGGUGACAGCCAGCCAAGCAGAAAUCCAGCUGCUGCUCAACUCUGAGGUGCAGGUUUUGUUGUCCAACACUGGCUCUGAAAUUUGUUGUCAUCGUGUCGCCCACAUUCUGAACGAGGUGGUUUUAAAGAGAUCCUUUCAAAAAAAAAAAAAGGAGCACUGAAUUUUUUAAGAAGUUUUGUCUCUGAAUUCUUAGUGGUGGACCUGGGAGAUUUAGAUCCUUGUUCUGAGAAGCUUAUAUUACAAAAGAAAAAAAACUUUAAAAAAAAAAAAAAAAAAGACAAAAAAAAAACACCCCCAAAAAAAAAAAGAUGUUUCAAACAAAAAUUAGAGCACCAUCCUUGAGAACUUCCAGUGUGAUUUCAAGUUGCAGCAAUCAGCCUCUUCUUCCUACACGGGAUAGCAGUUGAGAGUGAUGAGAGGAGCCUGCGUGCUCGAGCAGGAGGGUUUCAAAGUGUUUUCUGUAUGCUUUAAUUGGCAACUGUCUGGACUCUACUCUGUGAAAAACAGCCUUUCUGUAAGAUGAACUUUAUGCUUGAAAGGGGACGGGUUCCUGUGCCCUUCGGCCCUGGAGGGAAGGUGCAGCCAGGCCUGCUUUGGUCCCCAGGGAUUUUGGGGAGGAAUAGUGGAAAUUGGGGAUUAUUUUGGCCGGGAAGUAAAGGCUCCACGCCGCUGCAGGAGCGUGGGAUGGACAAACGGACAAAGCAGGCAGGUGGUGGAAGGUGGUGGCCUCUGAGAGAGAGAGGGAGAGGAGCUGGGUGUAGUUUAGGAGGAUGGGUCAGGCUUUGGGGUGGCUCCUUGGGGGAUGGAGGCAGGAGAGGGACAGAGUGAGGUGUUGAAGAGAAGUUUUCAGGGGGGGAAUUAAAAGGUUUGGAAAAGCUUUGCUUUGUUAAAGGCGAAGUUUUCAGCCCAGCUGGGGAUCAGGACUGGGAGAGGAGAAGCCAUCCACGUCCUGAGUUGUAGCCAUGUCUGGAACACUCCCAGGGGAGCACUUGGGAGCUUUUCAUUUCUGUCCAAACCUUGCUGGGAACAGCGCAGAGAGAGAGAAUCGAUUCCUCCAGCCCCGUUUUUUUGAGCAGAUCCUGAAUUGGAGUAACCUCUACCUCCCAAUUGGCAGCAGAGAUGGAUCCAGAGCCUGGGUGUUGUCAGGCUGGAGUUGAGCUUUACACUCAAAGGGCUCCAAGUGUUUCUAGUCCUUUUUUUGGGGGGGGGGAAACUCAAAAUACCUCUCAUCUGAAUGUACUUCAAACAGCUCAAACCCCAUUUUUGUACCCAGGGAGGGGGGAAACCCUUUUGUUCCUGUCCUGCCUGGAGAUCCCUGCCCUGGAUUUGCUGGAUCUGCCCCCAGAGCACCCCCAGCCCGGGAGGGACGAGCUCCCCCAACCCCAGGGGGGAGCUGCAGAAACCACAAAAACCACAAAAAACAAAACUCACAAAACCCAUUCUUUUCUCAUCCAAAGCCUCCAGAGUUUAGACUUCUAAAACAGUGAAAGAAUGGAGACACAGGCCACCUUCCUUCCUCGUGAGAUGGACUUGUUUUAUUUAUUAACAUUGCCGAAGGGCUUUUUAAUUUUAUUUUUUUCCCUUCAUAGGCUGCGUAGUGGCGUAGAAUUUUCGGGUAGGUUUAAGCUGAACCCCUCUGUGCAAAGCUAUCCAUGAGUAAUGUAGCCCCCUCCUCUCCCCUCACCCUUUAUUUCACUGCUGGGAAUGCUUGCCUCUGCUUCGUGCUGCUUUUUUCCUUUGUAGCAGUUCAAACUCUUUUUGAGUUUUACAAAUCCAGACAUCAGUGCUAGCACGGUGUUAAAACUCUUCCUUUUGUUUUUUGUUUUGUUUUGUUUUGUUUUUUAAUUAAUUGAAUUUUUUUUUUGUCUCAGUUUUGUUUUAAAACCUGUUUGUCAUCAAUAAAAAACAAACAAAAAUACGAAUAAACAGCUCUUGCAUUCAAGGUG